AUGUCUUCGAUUAAAGAAAGAGCCGCGGCCUUGAAUCUGGCAGAGAAACUGUGUGCGCGUUCUCAAGGUUCUGGAGUUCCCACCAAGCCUGUGCAGUCGGCUUCUAUAUGGAGCAGCCUCAUCGCCCACCUCAGGUUCUCCGUGACGGUGAAACGCAGAUUAGUCCACCUGAAGUCCCACAGCGACUGUUUCCUGGGCUCGGAGGCCGUGGAUGUCGUGGAAGAACACGUGGCUAACGCCAAGGGCCUCGAGGGUGCGAGUGUGUCCCGGGACAAAGCGGUGUGCGUUUGCCAGGCGCUGCUACAGUGCAAUGUGUUUGAGGCGGUGGAAACAAAAGUGUUCGGCAAAAACAAGAAGCAGGACGUGUUUCAGGACAGCAGGAGUGCUCUCUACAGGUUUGUUGGCUCGUCCACACCUUCGGUUGACGAUCUGGAAAGAGGCGUGCUCGGCAACGGGAUCCAGAAGUUAUUUUGCGGGACAUCUUUGGACAGACAGGAAGAGCAGACGUGUUCAGCCGAGCUUCACGUUGACGGGUCCUUCCCCGACACGUCCACCAAGACCAGCCGGCUCGAGGCUCGCUUCGCUGCUAAUCUGACGGUGGGCCCUCCGGUGGGCAGUCUGACCCCCAGCAGAGUGCAGACCCACUCCAGUUUACCGCAAUCGCUGGUGAAGGAGGUCUGGCAGGAGCAGACUUUGUCCAGGCUGUUAAAGCUGGUAGAGCUCUCUCUGCUGGAAGGAGUGCUGCAGUACACGUCAUCUCCUCCUGCAGAGAGCCUGGUGGCUCACGGUAACCCCGACCUGAUCUACAGCAGCAACCACCUGGACCGGCAGAUCCUCAAGGCCUUCAGGAACUCCCAGGAGGACGAGUGGCUUUGUGCAGCCCUGGACCUUUUGGACUUCCUCCCCGACCAGCUGGUGGUGGAGAUGAGCAGAGAGCUGCCUCACGGUUUCCCUCAGGAGGAGCAGGAGAGCCGCGGUGUACAACCAGCAGGCGGCAGCGUCCGACGGAAAGACGAGUGUUUCAGUCUGGGUAAGAAUCAGUCAGAGACAGGUCCCAGCAACCAGGGGCAGACGGGUCCGUCUCAAAGCGGCCCGGUCCAGUGUAAGCCGCUGCUAUACGAGACUCUGGUGAAGCACUACAGCAACGCGAGCCGGCCUCCCCUGCUGCCUCAGUCCUUGACGGACAUCUACAUGGCCAUAACUGACCUGCUGGUGAAAGCCAAGCUGGAUAAGGCUCUGGAGGCUCUGCAGCUGUGUUUGAAGCUGCUUCCUCAAAGCAGCAGAGAGGAGCUGCGCAGGUUGCUCACCUUCAUGUCUCUGGCAGCUGAUCCACAAGGACUAAAAGUGGACAAGGAGGUGGACAACCGAGUGGCAGUGAAGAAGUCGUUUUCCAGGGCGUUGCUGUCCAGCAAGACUCUCUCAAAGGAAAAAGAGGAUCUUCUGUUGGUUUUUAUGCUGAGCAACAUUAAUGAAAUCUUUAAGAUACCAGGGUCCCUUCACAAAGGAGUGAGUGAGAAACUGGCCAGGCUCGCUCGGGGUUCUGCAUUCAGUCCUCUGGUCUCCAGCAGGACUUACACGGACUCCACAAAGAAGACCACGAAACAGGAACUGUGGCUGCUCCUAAACGACAUCAAUCUGGACACAAAGAGACCCACUAAGGAGAGAAAGCGCCUCCUCAAACAGUUUUACCAAGCCCACCCAGAGAUAUUUAUUCAGUAUUUUGGAAACUCUGCUGCCACAGAGUUGCAGACCCAUGAAAAUUUGGUUUAAUCUGUUUUUUACUUUUUUUUUUUUUGGUUGUAAAAGUACAGUAACUGACUCCUAACUCAAAAAAAGGUGCUGUAGUUUAGAGGAAUGAUGUUUAGGUUUGAAGGGUA